AUGGACGUUUAUUCUGCUGAUUGUGCUACUAUUCCUACUGGUGGCUCGACUACGCUAGAGCCUUAUAUCUAUUAUUUGAUAUGGGCAGUGCUGAUUGCGGCUUUCGCGGUUGCGACGUUGGCGUUAGCUGUAUCUAUUCGCCAAGUCGUCCGUGCAUGUCGCACUCGGCGCUGGGAGCCCGAGCCGGUAAAACCGGUGAUUUCCGUCUUGGGUCGUAAUCCCUUGGGACAGAUGUGGCAGUCGGUCGAUAGAAGUUUUUGUAUGGACCGCUGCAGUGAAAGAGGAGUAUGUUUUGGACUAGGCGGGAAGGAGUUCAAAUGCGUCUGCUACGAAGUGGACGACUAUUCUAUGAAUUGUAAUGGAGUCACCACUACGGUGCCGAUGGAAGCGGAUAGGGUGGACUGGGCGUUGAUAGCAGCGCUAUCCAUCGCACUCAUCCUACUGAUGAGUUUUUUGGCCGUAUGUGUCGGCUUCUGGAGGCGUCGAUGCCGCGAAUGCUUCGACGGAGGAGUUCGCUUUGUCCUUCGUGAAGCAGCGAGAAGGUGCGGCGAGACGCCUGCAGGGCCACCGGCCGGGGAGGAGAGGAGAGAAUUUUCGUCUGGACUCACUAAGCACGAUGGUCACGAAAGGAACUACUGCGGAGCAAUGAGAUGUGCCAACGCAACGUUGAAGAGGUGCGGUGGGUACGUCAAGAUCUUUACGGCGAAUGAGUGA